CGUGCGGGCUCAGAGCUGCGCGGUGCGCCCGCGAGCUGCUCCUGGCAUCGGUGGCCGUUACCUCCCAGGGUCCCGGACCGCAGCCUUCCGCACUCAGGGGCUUGGAUCUCCCCUUCCAGACGCAAAAGCCUAACUCCCCUCUUCCUGGAGCUCUUGUCUUCCGUCCCCCAGGUUCAAGCCUCCCAGCCUCCGUUUCCAGGACCCCGGCGCCCCGGAUCGGCGCUACCGGGACGUGGCCUCUUGAGGACCUCUGCCACUUGGACGCCUUCAGCCUUCCAGAGCCCAAGACCCCCUGUCCCAGCCUGAUACACUCCUGUAUUCCCAUCCCUAGGGCCGAGAAACCCAGGGGCUCCCAGCUUUCGGGCGCAGGACACAACCUGGGAGAGCAGAGGAGCCUCGGCGCCCAGCUUCGGGAUCUCAGACACUCCGGUUCCCACGAGCCAAGGAACCCCGGCGCUGUGAACUCCCAACUCCAAGGAACCCUCCAAAGUUCCAGCCUUCAGGCUGUGUUACAAAACUCUCCGUUCUAAGGAACGUCGGCGUUCCAGGAAGGAGCCCCCCAAGCGCUCGCAGCUUCCAGACGCCGCAGAACUCCGGGGGGCGUUCCAACAUGGUGGCCGAUCCCCCGCGCGGAGACCCCAAGGGGUUCGAGGCGGCCGAGCCCACCGGGAACGGUGCCCCGACGUUGCUCCCUAAAGAGGACCCCGACCCGGCAGGAGGCCGCUGCUGCGGUUCCCGGGAGCGGGUGCGCCGCUGCCUUCGCGCCAACCUGCUGGUGCUGCUGACCGUGGCGGCCGUGGUGGCAGGCGUGGCGCUGGGGCUGGGGGUCUCGGGGGCCGGUGGCGCGCUAGCGCUGGGCCCCGCGCGCCUGGCGGCCUUCGCCUUCCCCGGCGAGCUGCUGCUGCGCCUGCUGAAGAUGAUCAUCCUGCCGCUGGUGGUGUGCAGCCUGAUCGGCGGCGCCUCCAGCCUGGACUCGAGCGCGCUCGGCCGCCUGGGCGCCUGGGCGCUGCUCUUUUUCCUGGUCACCACGCUGCUGGCGUCCGCGCUCGGCGUGGGCUUGGCGCUGGCCCUGCGGCCGGGCGCCACCUUCGCCGCCAUCAACGCCUCGGUCGGCGCCACGGGCGCCGAGGAAGAGGCCCCCAGCAAGGAAGUCCUCGAUUCGUUCCUGGAUCUUGUGAGAAAUAUCUUCCCCUCCAACCUGGUGUCCGCAGCCUUCAGCUCAUACAGUACCGUCUAUGAAAGCAGAUGGAUCAACGGAACCAAGGUGAAGGUGCCCGUUGGGGAUGAGGUAGACAGUAUGAACAUCCUGGGCCUGGUGGUAUUUGCCAUUAUCUUUGGCGUGGCCCUGCAGAAGCUGGGGCCCGAGGGAGAGCUGCUUAUCCGCUUCUUCAACUCCUUCAAUGACGCCACCAUGGUGCUGGUCUCCUGGAUCAUGUGGUAUGCCCCCGUGGGCAUCUUGUUCCUGGUGGCUGGCAAGAUCGUGGCAGUGGAGGACGUGGGGCUGCUCUUCACCAGUCUCGGCAAAUACAUCCUGUGCUGCCUGCUGGGCCACGCCAUCCACGGGCUCCUGGUGCUGCCCCUCAUCUACUUCCUCUUCACCCGCAAAAACCCCUACCGCUUCCUGUGGGGUAUCGUGACACCGCUGGUCACUGCCUUCGGGACCUCUUCUAGCUCGGCCACGCUGCCGCUGAUGAUGAAGUGCGUGGAGGAGAGGAAUGGUGUCGCCAAGCACAUCAGCCGCUUCAUCCUACCCAUCGGUGCCACCGUCAACAUGGAUGGGGCGGCGCUCUUCCAGUGUGUGGCCGCAGUGUUCAUCGCACAGCUCAACCAGCAACCCCUGGACUUUGUGAAGAUCAUCACCAUCCUGGUCACCGCCACGGCGUCCAGCGUGGGGGCCGCGGGCAUUCCGUCUGGAGGUGUUCUCACUCUGGCCAUCAUCCUGGAGGCAGUCAACCUGCCAGUUCACGACAUCUCCUUGAUCCUGGCUGUGGACUGGCUAGUGGACCGAUCCUGCACAGUCCUCAAUGUGGAAGGUGAUGCCUUUGGGGCGGGACUCCUCCAAAAUUACAUAGAUCGUGCAGAGAUGCGGAGUUCAGUGCCAGAGUUGAUCCAAGUGAAGAGUGAGAUGCCCCUGGCUCCACUGCCCGCCCCCACUGAGGAGGGGAACCCCCUCCUCAAACACCGCCUGGGAUCUGCUGGGGAUGCAGACCCCUGCGAGAAGGAGUCGGUUAUGUAAACCCCAUGGGGACUUUUCCUGCGCUGAUGGGGGCACUCUGGACAUUGGGAUUGUGAACCGGGGUUCUGGAGGCCCUUCCUGCUGCACACUUAAGGGAUCCAGGGUCCCAGCCUCUCUCCCUGACAUCAGAUCUGGGAGCCUCGAUGCUGGGGUAUAGGCGUGUGUGUGUGUGUGUGUGUGUGUGUGUAUCUAUCUCCCCAGAUCUUCUCCAGUCCUCAAUUCCUGUUUCCACCCAAAGUUAAGAAACAUGAUGGAGAAAUAGUGUCGUUCUGGCCUCCUCAUCUUAAGGCACAGGUCACCAUGUGGAUUUCUGCCCUCAUUGAGAGGUAGGACAUUCCAGUGGGUCGAUGGCUAUUUUGGUGGCUGUAGCUGUGUGUGUGUGUGUGUGUGUGUGUGUGUGUGUGUGUGUGUGUUUUGCGGCUCCAUGGUACAUCCCACCCUGUCCUCAGGCCCUCUGUUCCCUCCGCUGUAACAAACACUCCUGGGGACCCUGCCAGGGUGGGGGAGACUGAGGACAAAUACUGCUGUCACUCCAAAGGACAUUUUUUAGCAAUAAAACUAUCAAGUGUAUCUCCUCGGAUGUUUCUAGGACCAAAAGCAUAAGCCACGCAGAAAAAAACCAAACAUGACAAGUCAGAAUCCACUGAAAUAAGAUACCUGUUUGUCAAAAAAACACCAUUGAAGGGGCUCCCGGGUGGCUCAGUCGGUGAAGCGAUCUCGUAAAUGUUCCGUGUCUCGACGCUGGUGAUGCUCACACAGACGUAUACAUUUGGGGAAGUUCGCCUGCACACCUAAGAUGCGCGCGAUUUUACCCCACGUAAUGCCAUCUUGCAGCUGAAAAUGGACAACUCACUCCUGGGAAGAGACUGACUUUCUGCUGUAGCCACUUACGGGUACUUCCCUGAUACUUGAACUCUAUCCAAUAGUGGCAGUAAUGACCUGCUCUCCCUCCCCCCGCUUUUUUAUUUAAACCAGAAUUUGCUGUUUGAAUAAAAAACCUGCCGUGCAA